AUGUUGGCGAUCCAGGUCAGGAUCUAUGGAUCAGUGACGAUGCCGGCCGCACCCCCGGACUGCUUCAGCUGGCGACAGCUGCAGCAGCCUUCGUGGGCUGAGUACACGGGCCGCUUCCGCGCCGCUCUGCUGCCACUGGAGGCGAAGCAGAGAGGAUUGAAGGACACCGUCCAAGUACUGAUUUUGGGUGGCUGCUUCAUCGAUGGCGGCGAGGGCGGGUAUGGGGGCUUCGAGCGCCUCAUGCACGACGCCUGGGAAGGAAAGGUGGACUUCCACCAGCAGGCCUCGGAGUGGAAAUGCUGGGGCAUGCAGACGAACCAGCGAGGGAGGCAGUGGGCUCGGCAGGGCGUGGACGCCGCCAGCUGUACCUGGGAGCGCGGGAAGCGCCUGCUGGCCCUGCUGCCAGGUCAAGACGUUGUGAGCACCGCGCCCUUGCGUGCGCCAGACGUGGAGAGUCUGCCCUGGCGCCCUGCUCAGGCUGCAGGCGUGGUGCGAGAAGCUUUGCGGCGAGAUCUUGGCAGGUCCAUCUCAGCGAGCGACAGCGCAGCACAGUGCCAUGUGCGGCUUUCCACGGCCCGGAAUGCAGUGCCACGGCUGAUCCUCGCCUUUGAUGAAGGAGUCCUUGUUUCUGGCUUCGGCGAGUGGCGAAGGCAGUGGCGCUUUCUGCUGCUGGUGGGCAUUCGUUUGUCGCACCUGCUGCCCUUUGAUCUUUGGCAGCGACGGGUUGUGCUUGCAAUCCUUCCGAGGGAUGCGAGGACACAAAGCUCCCUCCCUGCUGGGAUGCCUAAGGUCGAAUGUAGCUAA